CGCCGCAGCUGGCGGCGGCAGUUCAUCGAGGGGGGUUAUUAUACGCGCCGCACCUUGAUGCUCGCCGGAAGAUUAUGGAGGGUGGAGGAAACGCUACUACGAGAAAGAAAUUAGAGGAUGAGGUGCUCGGCACUUGGCUAUGGGACAAGGAGCUGGACUCCAUCGUCAAGGAACAGCAAGAGCGAGACGAGGAAGGCAAUUACGAAUACUACGAACCGGACGGACCACACGAAUUAUACGACGAUGAAGAAGAGGAGCUCCAUUGCGGUUCAACGGGAUACGGGUACAUGUUCCGCUACGAGGACGGGAACCCUUUUUACGCCUCCGAUAGGGAGGAGAGGUGGGAGAAUCAGAUGCAGUUUCCUCCUAUGCCCACCGCCGAGAAAUCACAUCCAUUGUGGAGAGUCUGGAAAGGCUCUCUUCGUGUCGAAGGCCCGUGUCAGCUCAAUCCAAAUCUGGUGUCUGCACAAAGCUUGUUGCCUCCAUUGCCAAUAUGGGAAAACCGUUGGGUGGACAAAAAGGAGAACGAACCUUGUCGACGGGCUAUCCAAGUGUUCAGUUUGAAUUUAUUGCCUCCUCAUGAUGACACGGUUGAGAUCUAUGGUAUGUUUGCUUUCCGAGAUGUACGAAACCAUGGACUACGCAACUUUGUCUUUGAAUACUCAAGGGACAAACCAUGCAAGCUUAAGCCGGGUGCUUCUAAGCUUCAACCUCUGCUUACACCGCAUCAAGGCAUCUAUGCGGUUGGGCUUGUGCUAAUUGAGUAUCAUUUACUAAUUAAGGAUGAAGAACGUGAAAACGAUAAGGUAUUAAUAGACGGAUAUUCUGUCUAUGCUCCAUCAUUCUAUGCAGACUAUGAAAGGCUCCAUUGGCACAUCAACACCGGCCACCAUGGUAGCGUCAAUCUGAGAAUGGUCGCUAUCCCAAAAGCGGUGUUGGCUGUGUUGGAGUGCGAGAUACACCAUCUUGGGGACAAUUUGUUCGAUUCACUUACAGUAACCGCGGUUUAUCGUACCGUGCAUGGGGGUGCUUUUCCAGUCUUCAUUGGGAAGUUGAGUGUUCGCAAGCUGCCACCGGCCACAAUUAGUGUGGAUUACAGAAAGAAUUUGACAAUAGACUUAUACACUCACAAUAGUCACCUAGAUGACGUUAAUUCUCAUCCCGAUGGUGUUGUUGGUGACCACAAUUCACCUGGUCGUUUUGAUUAUGAUAUUGAGGACAUCAUAACUGACACUUUGUGGUUUGAACCGCAAAAGAGCGGGAGUUGUACAAAAAUUUCAAGUGAUAUGUACGGCCUUGUAAUGUCGGUGAAGCUGGGGGGUCAAUCAGGGUCAGCCUGGCCGCUGGCCGGCCACUUCUCAGCUCGCUCUCAGCUACACACCAGCCAAUCCCUUCUCAAACCGCUCCCGCUCAGCGCACCAGCAUCCCUCGCCUGUAAGAUCCUGCUUGUUGAUUAUUUUGAGGUCCUGCAGAAUGAAUGCAUGCUAAAGAAUCACCAGAGAUACUUGUAA